UAACCUUCUCCUGACUGGUACCUUGGUACCUUUGUAAACUCUCUACAAACGAUAGUUUUACUAAAUUAUCCUACCAGGACAUCUGAACUUUAUUUAUUGUUAAUUAUAAUUCAUAUUAGUGUGUCUCAAACAAAAUGGUGUGCAGCAGUUUGUUAAUCCGUUAAUAGUUUCUCCCUGUGCUUGUUUCAGCUGAAUUCUGGGUAUUUUACGACACAUUAAAGGUGGAAAAUGUUGGAAAAUUAGAGAUUAACUGUAAAUAGACCCCAUAUGUAAAUGAUAUAUCCCUGAAUUUGGGAACCAGAGGAGGAUAUCUGAACAAGUCAACACUAGUUCCUGCUGAUCUGGGGCUCCACAGUUGGAGGAAUGAUUGAAUCACCUGAUAACUGAUUCUGUUAUUGAUGAGCCCUUCAUCCUGGUUGGACUCUAUGCUCCUCCUCAUCGUUUUAUUUGGUAUAAAUGAUCUGGAUUUGCAGAUGUUUUGGUGGUUGGAGCCUCUGCUCUGCUCCAUAAACCUGCUGCAGACCCAGGCUCACAGAUUCCUGUUUAUUUCCACCACAAAGAGGCGCAUCUUCUGCUCAGACCUGAUCAUCGUUACAAAACACAUUCUCCUCCCACAGCUGGACUCUGGGAGGCCUCCGUCCAGCCAGGACUCACCGACCGCCUCGCCGCCCUGUUCAGGCAUCUUUUGUUCGGAAGAGGCGCCUGUUGGAGACACGAUCCCCGCCUCGGAGCUGCGGCGCGGCGUCCGCCAGGCUCCGAGGCACGGCCCCCAGGAUGAUGCAUGGAGAAAGAGCCCAGUCCGGGUCCUACCUGAUCCAGCGGCAGGUUUGGUGGUAAAACGGGUAUACACGGUAUCGUCCAGCAGGUGGCGGUAAACACCGGAAGAAGCAUCAUCAGGAGCACUUCCGUAUAGUUUGUUUUGGUCUGUUGUCCUGACAGCAGCGGCUAGCUUAGAUCCAGGUGAACAUGUCGGCUGCUGAAGAUGAUACCGAGCUGCGCGACCUGCUGAUCCAGAACCUGGAGAACAGCGGAGUUCUCAACAAACUGAAGGCGGAGAUGAGGGCAGCUGUUUUUCUGGCCAUGGAGGACCAGGACAGACUGGAGAACAAAACUCCCCUCAUCAAUGAAAACUUGAAGAAAUGCCUCAACACUAAAGAUGGACACCUGGUGGCCAGUCUCAUCAUGGACUUCCUGCAGGUGUUCAACCUGGACUUCAGCCUCGCUGUGUUCCAGCCGGAGAUCAACUCGCUGAACGGUCUGGACAGCCGGGACCUGGUCUGCAGGGAGCUGGGCGUGUCAGAUUCGGAGCUGAACCAGAACGCCCCGGUUCUCCUGGAGCUGGUCCGCAGGGCCCGGCGGAGCAGCGACCUGCCCAUCCGCUCUGAGGGAGACAGGAGUGGACACGUCGUCAAGGAUCUCUCUCAGAAACAGAUCAGUCACGCUCGGAAGACGUUUGACUCUCACGAUAAGGACCAGAGCGGCUCAGUCAGGAAGGAAGACCUGAAGCUGGUCUUCACAGAUCUGCUGCCCGGCCUCAACAAGAGCAUGCUGGAGAGGUUCGUCGACGAAGAGCUCAGAGCUGCAGACAGCAAGGUCGACUUCCAGUCCUUCCUGUCAACAUACAAACGUCUCUUCGAUCAGUGCAGGAGUGUGGUCGUUUCGGACUCAGACGAGAGUCGGCAUCAGACCCAGACUGCUGAAGACAAACCGGGCUCUCUGCCUGUCAGUAAGAUCCCCAGGUUCAAAGGUCAGAGGAGCCAGACAGCAGCGAAGGACUUGGAGCAGGUCCUCUCCCUGCCCAAACGGUACCAGCAGGAGCAGCCGACAGCUGGGAGCGCGGCGCAUCUGGACCUGGAGCUGGACGGAGACGUGGACCAUGACGAAGGAGACUCCUUCUUCGACGACCCGCUGCCCAAACCGCUCAAGACUUACGGCUGCUCUCCGAUCGGAGAAAAGGAGUCGUCAGAGAGGACAAACAGUCCCAAGGACGUUGUCCCGCUGAGGGAGGAGGGUCUGUGUGGGCCGCCCGUCUCCCUGAUGAGACGAGGCCGAAGCCUCAGCGACCUGUCGGUCCUGGCUGCAGACCCAGAGCCCGAGCGAGGCGAUCCCGUCUCGGAUCUCGGCUCAGAGCUCAGGAAGCCCGAGGCGUCCGGUACCAGAGGGAGUCCGGCGGGUUCUCUGUCUGAGGCGUCGAGGCCCGGAGCAGGAAGCAUCGGGUCGGAACCGAGCCACAGCAGGAACGGGCUGAACGACUUCAAAGACAAAUAUUUUAAGUCUCCAAGAACCGGGUCUCUGCAUUUGGACGAAGACGUGGAAUACGACGACGACUUCAACAGCCAUCGGUCGGACCUUUCCAACGGCGAGCUGAGCAUCGGCGAGGAGAUCGAGGAGGUUUCCAUCGAGGGUCCGGAGACGAGCGACAAGCUUGACGAAACCACGCAGGACCUGAGCGUCUCUCAGAUCAGUCAGAGUCACGGAGUCGACUACAUGGAGGACGUGUCCUGAAGCUCCCAUCAUGCACCUCUUCCCCUCUGGAUAUCUAAAUCUGUACAGUUUGUUUAAAGCAAUAAAAGGGUUUGUUUUACUGGCUUCACCUGGA